AUGGCAGGGCCAAUUUGUGACGCCAACAUUGAGCAUCGUCAAGAUAGUCACGGCAAACUCAAAAAUCGAGAAGAUCGUUUCUCCAGGACUAACUUGACAUUCGAAGCUGGAGUGACCAGUGUGCAACAGCUGAUACGCGCGGGUGUUCCGAUUCUCGCCGGAACUGACGCCAACGACGCAACCGGCAGUUUUCUCAAGGGCGAUCUGAUUGGGAUUACUCUACAUCAAGAGUUGAAAUAUCUGACAGAAGCAGGCCUGAGUGAGGUUGAUGCACUGAGAACCGCGACCGUGAUGCCUAGUCUUUGGCAUAAUCUAAUAGGGCGAGGAUCUAUCAGAGAGGGAUAUCGUGCAGAUUUACUCUUACUCAAGCCAGGGAGUAAUCCACUACACAACAUCUCAAAGACUAUGGACAUUGCGAGGGUGUGGAAUGGGGGUAUCGAAUAUGUGCCAAUGGCGCAGAGAAAGUGA